AUGAAAACUAUUCUUUUCCUAAUUGCUCUUCUAGCAGUAUCCACAGCCAUUGCUGAGGAUAUCUUCUUGGGUGAAGACCAUGACGCAGGUUUGAUUGAAUUAGAGAAAGGGGACGACAUGUUCUACUGGCUCUUCAGAUCUAGAGAUGUUCCAGAGAAAGACCCACUAGUCCUUUGGUUGACUGGAGGUCCAGGAUGCUCCUCAGAGGUGGCUCUUUUCUAUGAAAAUGGUCCAUUUAUUAUCCAAGAUGACUUAACUUUAGAAAAGAACCAAUUCUCUUGGAAUGAAGUUUCCAACUUGUUGUAUAUUGAUCAGCCGCUAGGAACUGGAUUUAGUAGGACAGACAAGCCAGAUCACUACGCCAGAAAUGAAAAGAUGGUUGCUUCUACUAUGUAUAAAUUCUUGACUUUGUUCAUUGAGAAAUAUCCAGAAUUCAGAGGAAGAGAUUUCUAUAUUACUGGAGAGAGUUAUGCCGGGCACUACAUUCCAGCUAUCACUGCUUAUAUCGCAGAGCAAGGAAACCCAGAUAUUAACCUCGUUGCAUCUGCUAUUGGAAACGGUUUGGUAGAUCCUUAUGUCCAAUACCCAGAAUACAACAAGUUCUCAUAUGAGAAUAAUCUUAUUGGAGGUAUUCAUAGUACUAUUCUCUCUGCUGGAUUCAAACUUUGCCAAGGAUUGAUCUGGACUAGAAUCUGGCCAUUGGCUCUUAUGGAAUGUCAGAUCAUGACCACUACUAUCUUGGGAUUCCCACUUUAUCCAAACUUCAAUGUCUAUGAUAUUAGAAAGAAAUGAAGUGUUCCACCUUUGUGCUAUGAUUUCAACCUUCUCGAUAAAUUUAUUGAUCUCCCUGAAGUAAGAGAGUUCUUGGGUGUUGGGAAGAGAGCCUGGAGCAGCUGCAACCAAGUAGUUCACACCUUCAUGCUUGGUGACUGGAUGGUUGAUCUCUCAUCAAAGGUUAAGUAUGCCCUUGAGAAUGAUAUCAAAAUUCUUGUCUACUCAGGAGAUAAGGACUUCAUCUGCAACUGGAGAGGAGGAGAAGCCUGGACUCAUGCUCUUGAAUGGCAAGGAAGAGAAGACUUCCACUCUAAUGAGUAUCAGACAUGGACUGUUGAUGAAGAAGAAGCUGGUGAAUUCAAACAAGCCAACGGACUUACUUUCUUGAGAGUUUAUGACGCAGGUCAUAUGGUCCCAAUGGACCAGCCAAAGAGAUCUUUGGAGAUGCUCAAGAAGUUCAUCAGUCAUGACUUCUAAGUUCUUUAUAUUUGAAAGAAAAAUUCAAUUU